GGCCAGUAGUUCCAGUUGAUGAACAGUAAAACGAAAGACGGAGAUUCAUGCACAAGUACUGUGCUCCUACUCAUAAUCGUGUAAAGAGAAGGAGAACCUCCUUAAUAGAGAACGAGGGGAAGAACCAGACGAGGAAGGAGGAUUUCCUCGAGACUGUUUUGUAAGUUGUUGUGUUUGCGAUCACCUGCUUAUCAGCUUUUGGCUUUGAUAGCAAACCAAGUAGGCUGACUCACGACAUGACGAGUAGACGAGAAAGAGAUGAAGAACAAUACUCAUAAGAAUUAGAACUGAAGCCUUGUAUGAUCAUCACAACCGAGGAGAGCAAGACGUGGUUCUUGAAGACAUCACAACACCUGACGAUGAUGAUUUCGCUUUGACCAUGACCCAGGCAACCGGACGAAGCAGAUUCCAUUUACAAAUCCCCUGCUCUUUUUCGAACGAGCGUUUUCUGUGACAUUUCAGUUUCAACUAUCCUCAACUCAGCUAAUUUCUAGCUAAGUGAGCUUGAACAAGUUAUCUUCACUUCUACACCAACGAAUUAUAAUAGUUCAUUAGCUUUAUAGUCCACUUUUCACAUCUUUACCCCUUUCUUCACGACAACUCCCUUCUUGUUUCUCUCUCUUCUUGUCGUUCUUUUUGAAGAGCAACAAGAUGGUCGCAGGUGGUCAAGCUGAUGCUGCCAACGGCAAUGGGCAUCAUGCAAAUGGCAAUGGCCACGCAAGCAAAUCCCCUCAGAAAGGCACUCGCAAAUUGAAGACUGGACUUGCUGAGAUGCUUAAGGUACUAUUGAUUGUGAUUGAUGAUCAUUACCUCUAGCAUGAGUUUGUGCUGACAUGUUGCCUAUGAUACUGAUCUUCUGAGGACCUCCAGCUCCACCUUGGACGCAAUUCUUCCCUUCAAAUCCAAGACCCUCUACUAACACCAUCCUCAGGGCGGCGUCAUCAUGGAUGUGAUGAAUGUCGAACAAGCCAAAAUCGCAGAAGCAGCCGGUGCAUGUGCAGUCAUGGCCCUGGAACGUAUCCCGGCAGAUAUCCGAAAAGACAAGGGAGUGGCACGUGCCAGUGACCCCCAAAUGAUCAAGGAGAUUAUGAAAGCUGUACUGCAAUACCCUUGAUUUGCUCUUCAAAGUCAGUCGCUCUGUCUUUGAGUAGAUACCCAUUCUUGAUGGGCACCAGGAUGUUAGGCACCUACUUUCUAAUCAUGACCUUGCUGGUUUUCAAAUUUUCAAUUUCGCUAAAUCCAAGAAGUUUUGAUUUUAUCUCCAAAAAAUCAAAUUCAAUUUCUGGUGAAUCUACUGACCGCUCUUCAAUUAUUUGUUACAAAAAUGAAUCCAAAGUGAUAAUAUGAAACAUUAGUGGUGCUAGAUUUUAUCUGGAAACGCCACGCUGAGAAAACAAAAACCACGAGGUCGUUGAAUUUCGUCGAUUUUCUCACUCCUAAGGGACUUAUUUUGAUCCAAAACAUUAGCAUUAGCAUCAAAUUUCAUAUAAAACACUAUGGCUUUUAACAUUUGGAUUCAAAAGCCCAUGGUCUAAAAAUGCAAAAUUCGAGGUUUUUGAAUUUCUAUUUUAUUUCCAACGUCUAACGAACAACUUCAGACUGAAAUAUUUGGAGUCAUAUUCAAUCUCUUCGUAAGGAUUGGAAUUCAAUUAAAAUAGAAUAAAAUCGAAAAUUUUUGAGAAAUUCAAGUUCAAAUCAAAAAUUUUCGAAUACUCGAAAAACUGAAAUAAGCGAGUAGCCAAAUAAAUAAAGAAGCGGACCCGCGCCGCGCAGCCGAUCUCCAGCUUCCCAACAUCCUGGAAACAGCACCGCGCAGCCGGAUUCCAACAUCCUGGAAACCACAAGCCACGAAUAAAAAUUUCCGCGCGCGCUGCGCGCGGCCACAAACCGACUAGAGGGAAGGCGGAGCUUCCUUCAGCUUUGGGUUGUAUGAAGGGCUCUCUGAGUACCAGAUGGGCCCUUUCCUUUAAGAACGACCCCGGGAACCCAAAGUGCCGCGGCGGCCUCCCCUGGAACCCUGCUGCGCGGCGGCGCGCAGCAGGAACCCAACUAAUGAAACGAAGAGGAAACAAAGGCUGCAUGGCGAUUCGUUUGUUGGGUUCCUGCUGCGCGGCGGCGCGCAGCCGGGUUCCAGGGGGGGGUCGCCGCUGCAUUUUGGGUUCCGGGAAUCCUCCUGAACGGAAAGGUUCUGGCUGAGAGCCCCACUCCAGAGCCCCAAAGUACUGCUUGUGUGCUCUGUCUGGCCCAGAAGGUGCUACUCCUUGCUCAGAGGGUCUGGAGAUCGGCUGCGCGGCGCCGCGCGCCCGAUCUCCAGCGCCACGCGCAGAUACAAAAACUUUCGCGCGCUGCGCGCGCGACUGCCAUAACGAUCGACGGAUCUCCCGGGGCAUAAAUUUCAUAGAGGUCCCUUCCUUUAUUUUCUCAUCAACUCGCUUAUUUCAAGUUUACGAGUAUUCAACUUCAAAUUCGAAAAGUACUUCAGAUUCUUGCUCUCUCAGCAUAUCAACACCUACACGACACUCUCUUUCAGGUAUCAAUCCCAGUGAUGGCAAAGGUUAGAAUUGGGCAUUUCGUGGAAGCACAAGUCCUUGAGGCUAUUGGCGUCGAUUACAUUGACGAAUCUGAGGUGCUGACUAUCGCAGAUACCGAUUACCAUAUCGACAAGACGAAGUACUUUUACUCUUAAUAAAGCAAUUCUACUCGUCUUAUGAAAGUUCACGAUGGCGUGGUGUAAUAAUUAUUUCACGCCGCAAUCAUGGUCUUGAACAGAUCAUCGAUCAUAUCGGGCUGUAAUGAUUAUUUCACGACGCUGCUGUCGACCACGUAGUUUGCUUUUGACUAAGUAUGAUGAAGAUCAACUCAUUGCUGAUAAUAUUUUUGAAGAAAACAACCCCAAAUCUACCACAAAGGUUCACAACCCCCUUCGUAUGCGGCUGCCGUAACCUCGGAGAGGCCUUGCGCAGGAUCGGUGAAGGUGCAUGUAUGAUUCGCACUAAAGGCGAGGCCGGAACAGGUGAUGUUGUGGAGGCAGUGAAGCAUAUCCGCACAUUGCAUAGAGAAAUUCGCCAAUUGAAGGGCUUAGCUGACGACGAAGUCUACCAUUUCGCAAAAACGAUUGGAGCGGAUGUGAGCUUGGUGAAGCAGGUACUAGUGAGUUGAAUUUUUACUCUAACCCGAUGUGGAAAGCAUCAUCAUAUUGAAUAUCAACUUCAUGAUCUUCUUUCAUCAAUACUUCCAUCCAGUACAACUUGCAACAUUACGGGAGAAUGCAACUGCGUGAUGCCAUCAGGUCCGCGACGCCGGUCGUCUCCCCGUCGUGAACUUCGCUGCCGGUGGCGUCGCAACUCCCGCUGACGCCGCUUUAUGCAUGCAGCUUGGCGUCGACGGCGUGUUUGUCGGCAGCGGCAUUUUCAAGUCCGAUGACCCCGCACCACGCGCAAGAGCCAUUGUGGAAGCAGUAACCCACUAUCAAAACGCUAAGAAGAUCGCAGAGGUUUCUGAGGGUUUGGGAGCACCUAUGACCGGAAUCGGUUGCGAUUAUCUCACUUUGCACGAGGGUGGACGAUGGGCGAAGCGCGAAGCAGGAAAUCUAGAGGAGGAGCAUCACAGCCAUGGUAAUGGGCAUGCGGCUAAGAAAGCGAAGAUCGCAGCAACCAUGCCAGGAACGGGGUUUGAGUAUGGAGUUGGGAAGUAAGUUUCGUCAAAGUUAGCUCACUUACAACCGAGGAGCUAGAGAUGAGUUUUUAGCAUCCAACUGAACUAGGUCCAAUCCGAAUCGACUAACAUCAUCAGAGAUGAGUUUUUAGCAUCUGCUACAUACCAAAAUAUAUCACCUACUUCGCUACUUCUAGUACAGGCACAUCAACCACGCAAUUAUAGCCUUCCUUUGGGCGGCCUGCGUCGUUGCCUUCACAUUGCCUGAAUAUGAAUCUCACUCAUAUUAUUUUUCAAUUUGUUUUACUUACUUUCGUUGGACCAGAGUCACUUUUACUAGUACUUUGGUAUUUUUAAUAUGAUGAUGAUGUUGUUAUUGUUGUGCAGUUGCCGCAACUUCUAGGUGGAUUUUCAAGUUUUUAGAUCCGUGCGUUUAGCAUCGUGCACGACAUGAUGCACACGCUGCAAUGGUGUAUUUCAAAUUCUUUGGGCUCGACAUGUUAUUAGAAAAUCUAAUGAUAACGAUGUAAAGAUUUCUUCUUGUGAUCGUUCUUCUUCUUCCAACAUACGAGUCCUCUUACGCAGGCGGGGGCUCUAUACAUUUAUUGAAUUAUUACUCGGACGAACAGCAAGAACCACUUCGUCAAUAACAACGUCAGCAAUAAGAAGCUCGCGGAACACAGCCUCAAGUACGUAGAAGAGAUUCUUGUACAAGAAUUCAGCAACUAAAGUAGUCAUGCAGUGAAUAAGAAGACUGCAACAAGCCAAAUAGUACCACUACUGUAAAGAGUGCUGUCCUGCAUGUUGUCAUUUGUGAGAUAUUUACUUAAGAUGAAAAGUUUUUUUGAAUUUCUUAUGGGAUGUGACUUAUAUUGUCAACUUAGCGUUCUGUAAAAUAGAGAUGUCUCAAGAACAGGUUAUUUAGUUAUUACUGGUAUCUUGAAUGUAGGAAAAAAGUUUUUUUAAGUCCUGUCAAGUCCUGAGACUAUUUAUCAUAGUCAGCAGCCAACUGGUGAUCUCACUGAUUUAUGUAUCCACCACUGAAUCUGUGCCUGAACAUGAUCUCAAUGAUUUUUACUCAAAGUUUGGCCUCCCCCUUCUCACACCUACGAGUCUACCCCCUAGUUUACUACUUUUCUAUAAACGAAAGUGAAAGAGAAAUGUCAUCUAUUCUCUAUGAGAGAUGCUAGUGAGCGUUACUCAUUUGCAUCUUGAAGCUGAGAGUAUGCUGUUCAGAACGUGUCUGAUAUUGUCUCUGAACCGAGAGAAAUAACUGCUACCUACCUGUGCAUGUCAAUGCUCUGAAGGCUUAGUCCCUCUCUCAGCUCACUGGUGAUAAUGUAAUCCUCAUGGCUCGGUCUUCUUCUCCUCUCUUCCUUCUCCUCCCGUGCUUCUGCCGGUUGUCGAGUUCAUUCUCCUUCUUUACGGUAGACUCUACCUCUCUCCUCUAUCCUUAUCUCUGCCUUCUCCUUUUUAUCUGGCCAACUAAGAAGUUGCGGCUAUAAGGUAUAAGAUGUCUUGAUGAAGAAUGACCGAUAGAACAAAUCUGAACAUUUAGGUACUGUUACGAGAGUGCAACGUGGUAUGUGUUCAUGCAACUGACAACCCUGUACUCCCUUUCUCUACACGAGUGAUCAUCCGUACUGUAGGUGGUGUCUUAACGAGUGAUCAUUUGUCUCCCUGCUCCGGGAAUCGGUGAGCUGGGACCCGCCAGUCCUGGGGUUAUCUGUGAUCGCUUCAGAGGGUGGCUCCUCUGAGCGUGAGAUGCCGGGUGACCUGAUCGCAGGGGGUGCUCAUGAUCAGGUCCCUGACCCUCCCUGCCCAUCGUGGGUAAGCUCAUCGGUCUCUCCUUUAUCAUUCAUUUACUACCUCCGAUCAUUACCCUCCCUCUUCCCCUCGUCCUCUGUUUCAUUUCUCCCCCUCUCCAAAAUUAGGAAUGUUCGGGUGUAUUAGAGUUGUGUUAGUUAUGGACCUAAUAAAGAUUAACUAUUCCACUAUCGUCUAGAUCAACUGCAUUAUUGAAUUAGAAAAUCGAAAUAUCCAGAUCAAAACUAUAACUAGUUGAGAAUGUUAGUUUAAGUUUUUGCAUUUUUUGUAACUAUCAGUCAUCAUCUACUCCUGAAGUGUGUAUGAAAAAGAUAAAGAUUAAGAAGAUUGUUCCUCCUCAAGCGCCCGAGUCGUUCUUUGUAGUAUGUUUCGUUUCGAUACGACGGGCGCGCGAGGAUCGAGGCCGGAUUGAUGAUAGCGCGGCCUUCGAAUUCAUUCUUAGAACCGAUGAAUUAAGUCUGUCAUUGAUUUUGAUUCCUUUGCAGAGGUGAUAGCGUAGUUCGAUUUAUUGUGCAGUUCUCGCGCUCGCCGUUCCCUCAACAUAAUGUUAUAAAUUACUUAAUACCCUUGUUGUUUAUUGCAAGAAGAAAGAAUCAAGAUCGUGUGCUGUAGAUGUCACCCAGGAUGAUUCUUCCAGUUUCACAACUAGUGUGCAAGAUACAACGUCUUGACAUACAAGAUGAACAAUGUACGCGAACCUCAACAUAUCGAUGUUGAAUGUUGCAACGACAGGGCGCGCAGCCUUAGGAAACACAAACAACCUAUGAAAAAGAGCAUAAAUGAAGGAAACAAGAUGGGAUAGAAGUUUGCACAAGAAAAAUAAGAAAGAAAAGCAU